AUUCUUAUAAAUGAAGGAAUAAAAAAAUAAUACAUAUACUAGUAUAAAAGAAAUUCAAAAAUACCUAGUACAAAAACCUGUUCUAGUAUAUACGCUUCACGGUCACAUCUGAAUUCAACCAACCAACCAAAAAGCAGUAUUGGAUUUGGAUCGAUGUUCGGGCCUUUAUUGCGAAGAAGCAUUCUUCAAGGUUCUGCAUCAAGGACUUGGAAUUGCCUUACUAAUUUUACUCAACUACUUUGGUGUAAAUUGAAAUAUUUACGUGAAUUGAGGAUGCCGCGCACUCGUAGGAAACACUACCCAUCACACUCGAGAUCGAGAUCCCGGUCCUACGAAGCCAAGCGUCGUCGUCUUGACGACAGUGUUAGGGAGGGAUCAUAUAGAAAAAGAAGCAGAAGCAGAGAUCGUGACAGGAAAGAGAUGAUGAAUGUUAGAAAAGAUCAUGGUAGAUCCAUCCUACCAUGA